GAAUCCACCUCUCUGGGGGUCUCUCAUGAAAAUGUGGACUCCCUUCCUCCUGAGCUGCCUGGUCUACACCCUGGGGAUAGUGGCACAACCGAGGUACCUGAUCAUCAUUCCGGCUGCACUGCCAUACCCCUCUAUCCAGAGGGUGUGCUUAGACCUCCGUGGAGUGGAGAAGCCUAUUCGUGUGGCCUUAACUCUUGUGCAUCCAUCUGGCAACCUCAGCCUCUACCGCAAGGUUGUCCGGAACAACUGGGUGUUCGAGUGCUCCAAAUUUCAGGUCCCCCAACCUACAGACAGCCAAGAGGUGGGCACUGUCCACCUGCGUAUCUCCAAUGGCCACUACUUCAGUGCAAAUGAAGAGAAGCAAGUCCUCAUCCGAAGGGCUGGCAUAGGCACCUUCAUCCAGAUGGAUAAACCCAUCUAUAACCCAGGACAGACAGUGAAGUUCCGGAUCGUGACGUUGACUGAAGAUUUUGCUCCUGUUAACAGCAAGUACUCUGUGGUGGAAAUCCAGGACCCAAACCAAAACCGCAUUGGCCAGUGGCUGGAUGUGAGCCCAAAACAGGGCAUUGCAGAUCUCUCUUUCCAGUUAGCUGCCGAACUCUCUCUGGGGACUUACACCAUCAGUGUGGUGAAUUCAAAAGUGUCCAGUACCUUUAAGGUGGAGGAACAAGCAUUUCAGAAGUUUGAUGUUUUCUUCGAGGGACCAGCUCAGAUUUAUGUUUCAGAUAAAACUUUCCCACUGCGUGUGUGUGGCAGGUACAGCUAUGGGAAAGCAGUGCAAGGGACCAUGCGGGUGACUUUGUGCCAGAAGGCAAGAAGGCGUCCUCAAAAUGCCAGCAAGGACAUCUGUAGGGAAUACAGAGGUCUGACUGCGAGCAAGGGAUGCUUCACCCCUUCUGUAAGCAUGUCAGUCUUCAACCUGGCUCCUAGCGAGGAAGACAGCAAGCUCUAUGCAGAAGCCUCUCUCCUGGAGAUGGGGACAGGGGUGCAGGUCAACACCUCCAGCCAAAUCCUCAUCUCCAGGACAGCUGCAAGGGCAGUGUUUGAGACACCAAAUGCAUAUUACAUUCCUGGUGUACCCUACAGGGGCAAGAUUAAGCUUCAGGAUCACUAUGGAAAUGGUAUGAAAAACAGAAAAGUUUAUCUCGUGAUAAAGGUCAUGAGGCGUCGGUUUAUCAAAACAUACAUUACAGAUGGCAGUGGAAUAGCAUCAUUCAACCUGGAUACAGCUCCCUGGAACAGCUCAUCAGUCUCUUUGGAGGGAAGGUUCACACUGGAGGAUCUCAUGCACACACCUCGAAAAACUAACUUCAGUUACACAAAUGCUUACCAUCACCUGCAGCCAUUCCAUGUCACAGCGAAGAGCUUCCUGGACAUACACCCACUCACAGCAACACUACCUUGUGGGCUGAAGCAGAAUGUCCAGGUGACCUUCAUGCUCAGUCGGGAUGACCUGGGAGAAGACACCAGCCGUAUAGGUUUUGUGUAUUAUGUCACUGGGAAGGCUGGAAUUGUUGUCAGGGGCCAGAGGACUGUCCAGGUCGGGAAGCUGAACAUGUUGAAGGGCUCCUUCUCCAUCCCUUUGACCUUCACUGCUGACUUCACCCCAUCACCUUCCUUAGUGGUGUAUGCCAUCUUCCCCAAUGGAGGGGUAACAGCUGACAGCAUCCGGUUUGAUAUUGCCUUGUGCUUUGAAAACCAGAUCAAGGUAGGAUUCCCAGUUAAAGAAGCCCACCCAGGGUCAACACUGCAGCUCCGACUACAGGCAGCCCCUGGCUCCCUGUGUGCAAUACAGGCAGUGGAUGAAAACAUGUUCUUUGUGAGACCAGAAAGCGAACUAACAAGCCAAAUGGUCUAUGGUUUGUUCCCUGCUGCCUACCGACAUGGAUAUCCUGUGCAAGUAGAAGAGCAUUCAGAUCACUGUGUUCAGCCCCAGUCCACAUCAUCUCUUCUACGAGGGAAGCCACAGCAUUCAUUUCAGCCUGACAUCUUUAACCUCUUCCGGAACAUGGGGCUGAAAAUCUUCUCAAACCUUGUAAUCAAGAAGCCGCCUCUGUGCUUUCAUCAGGUGGAUAGGAAGUCAGCCAUGGGGGGGCCUUCUACAGAAGACCAAAGAAUCACCAAGGAACACCACCAAUUUACAACCCAUGGAAGACUUCACCACUAUUUCCCUGAAACUUGGAUCUGGAAUCUGUUCUCUGUUGGUUCCAAUGGCAGCAGGAGUGUUGUGGUCACAGCACCUGCUGCUGCUGCAGAGUGGAAAGUCAAGAUGUUCUGCUUGGCUGGGAGGGGAUUUGGCCUUGCCCCAACCACGAGCCUCAGAACGGUCCAGCCCUUCUUUGUGGAUGUGACACUGCCAUAUUCUGUCAUCAGAGGAGAGACCUUUGUGCUGAAAGCUACUGUCUUCAACUACCUGCAGCAGUGCAUACAGAUCCAUGUGGCCCUGGCUAAAUCCUCAGACUUCCAGGUGGAGCCAUGCCGGAUCUGCAGGGACAAGGAGUGUCUGUGUACAGAGCAGUCCAAGACCUUCACGUGGAAUGUGACAGCAGUCCAGCUGGGGACUCUGAAUAUCACGGUGAGGAUAGAGGUACUGGACACCACGCUAUGGUGUGGGGGCAGGAAGCCCUUGCCAGCUACCAUGAGGCGGAGGCAUACGCUGGUCAAACACUUGCUGGUCCGGCCAGAAGGUGUGUUAGUGGAGAAGUCUUACAGCUCCCUUCUGUGCCCAAAAGGAGGAAACGUGGCUGAAGAACCUGUGUCCCUUCGCCUCCCUGACAAUGUAGUAAAGGGAUCUGCCAGGGCUUCCAUUUCCAUCUCAGGUGACCUCAUGGGUAUGGCACUGCAGAACCUGGACCAUCUGGUGCAGAUGCCCCAUGGCUGUGGGGAGCAGAACAUGGUGCUGUUUGCUCCCAUUGUCUAUGUGCUGCAGUACCUGGAGAAGACAAGGCAGCUGACCCCUGAGAUCAAGGAGAGGGCAACAGCAGUCCUGCGCAAUGGGUACCAGAUGCAGCUUCUUUAUAGGCACAGAGAUGGGUCCUACAGUGUCUUUGGGCAGCAGGAUGGGGAAGGGAACACUUGGCUGACAGCUUUUGUAGUCAAGACUUUUGGCCAAGCCAGAAAAUACAUCUAUGUAGAUGACAAGAAUGUCCAGGAUGCCCUACACUGGCUAGAGCAACACCAGCUCCCCAGUGGCUGCUUUGCCACCAAAGGGAGCCUCUUUCACUCCUCCCUAAAGGGCAGUGUAGAUGAUGAAAUCUCCCUGGGGGCAUAUGUCGCUGCAGCACUGCUGGAGCUGGGUCAACCGCUGAAGGGCAAGCUCAUGCAGACUACCCUCCACUGUCUGCAGCAGGUGGUUCACAACAUCACCAACAUCUACACAGAAGCCGUGCUGGCCUAUGCCUUUGCCCUGGCUGGGGACUAUGAGACAACCCAGGAGCUGCUGUACAAACUGGAGGAACAGGCCAUCAAAUCAGGAGGACAAAUCUACUGGAGCCCUAAGCCAAGCUCUCCAGCUUCCACAGACUUCUGGCCUGGUACUCAGUCAGUGGAUAUAGAGUUGACAGCCUAUGUGCUCCUGGCAUACCUCUCUAAGCCACGGGUGCAUGCAGGUGACAUGACAACUGCAGCAGGUAUUGUGGCGUGGCUGACCCGGCAGCAGAACGCCUAUGGUGGCUUUGCCUCUACCCAGGACACAGUUGUUGCCUUGCAAGCCUUAGCAAAAUAUGCAGCAAGGACAUUCAGUACAUCAGGCCAGGCACUGGUGAGGGUGAAAUCCCAGGGGGCCUUUGGGAAGGCUUUCCAAAUCAACCGCCAGAAGCGGCUGCUGGUGCAGCAGGCAGAACUGACAGAGGUACCGGGGCAGUUCCUGGUGCAGGUCCAUGGCAGCAGCUGUGUCUUCGCUCAGACAGUGCUGAGGUACCACGAGCCUCCCCCGCGGGCUGCUGUAACCUUCACUCUGCGUGUCCACACAGAGUUGACCAACUGUAGCCAGGCCAAUCCACGUGUCCUCACUGUCCACAUCCUUGCUAGCUACAUUGGGAGCAGAGUCACAUCCAACAUGGUAAUAGUGGAGGUCUCCCUGCUGUCUGGAUUCGUCCUGGCUCCUGGAUCUAGGGUGUUGCUGGAGCGCAGAACCAUCAUUAAGAAAAUAGAAGUGAAAGCUGAUGUGGUCUACAUUUAUCUGGAGAAGCUCAACGAUGAAUCUCAGACUUUCAUUCUGCAACUGGAACAAGUAAUUCAGAUGAAGAACCUGAAACCCGCGAACAUCAAAGUCUACGAUUACUACCAGCCAGAGGAGCGAGCCUUGGCUGACUACAGUGCUGUCUGUAGUUGAGGAAUGAUCACAGAUCUGCAUACAAUCCUGAAUGAUGAACAUCCAUCACUGUUCCCACCCCAGCUGGACACAGACUCGCGGUCUCACCUCUUCCAAUG